AUGCUGCGACGUAACCUCAGCGCGAAGGAGACGCUCGUCUUGCCACCGCAGUAUUCGGGUCGGCUCUUCAAGUCGUCGUUCUUGACGGUUGCGUCCGUGGUUACGGCGGCGCAGUACGAGCUCUGGGCGUGCUGUGGCCUCACGCUCCUCGUGUUCCUAACGUCGGUCAACUACUGGCGCCACCCCGUGCACGGGUGGCGGCGCAACCUCGACAUGCUCGCAGUGUUUUGUGGCAUGAGCUACCACUUGUACACCGCGCGCUUCGUGCCGUCGGGGCACCACCAGCUCGUGUACUAUGGCUUGGCGCUUCAGAUUUUCGUGUGCUACUUCAAAGCGCGCUCGAGCCAUGACAAGGACGCCGCGUCCAAGUGGCACAUGACGAUGCACCUUGUCGGCAACAUUGCCAACUGCCUCCUCUACAUGGUCAUUUAA